CUUUCAAUUUGGCAAAAAUUCCGCAGCAAAAAAGCUUUGCAUGUUAGAGUGGAAGCUUGGUGGGCUAUAAGAGUGCGCUAAAACUGUGAUACUAAGGGGAGAGUAGUCAAAUUCUGAAUUCGGAAAAUUUAUUGAAGCUUUCACUGAGAGAGACAAUGGAGGUGGAACUGAAAGAAACGAUUGAUGAACUCGAGUCUCUGAAGCAGUCGCUGACUGAUCCUUCCUAUCGUUAUCCGAUCGACAAGCUGAAAUUGCGUGUAGAACGUCUUGCAAAAUUUGGAAAUUCUGGACCUUUGCGUCGUUCGAAAGUGAAGGAUAUGAGCGCUGAGGUGGUAGAUAGUAACCCUUACAGUAGGCUUAUGGCACUUCAGAGAAUGGGCAUUGUGCAGAACUAUGAAAGAAUACGAGAGUACUCGGUUGCCAUUGUUGGUAUAGGUGGUGUGGGAAGUGUUGCAGCUGAAAUGCUAACAAGAUGUGGUAUAGGUCGCCUUUUGUUGUACGAUUAUGACAAAGUAGAGUUAGCUAACAUGAAUCGGCUAUUCUUUCGUCCAGAGCAGGUUGGAAUGACAAAGACAGAUGCUGCUGUACAGACCCUAUCAGACAUAAAUCCUGACGUUGUGCUCGAGAGCUACACACUUAACAUCACAACAGUGCAAGGUUUUGAAACAUUUAUGUCAAGUUUGAAAAAUAAAUCAUUUAGCCCAAAUAAGCAAGGUAGUGGAGUGGAUAUUGUAUUAAGCUGUGUAGAUAAUUAUGAAGCAAGGAUGGCUGUUAACCAGGCAUGCAAUGAACUGAAUCAGACAUGGAUGGAGUCUGGUGUAUCCGAGGAUGCUGUUUCAGGUCAUAUUCAGUUGCUGAUUCCUGGGGAAACUGCCUGUUUUGCGUGUGCACCUCCUUUAGUUGUAGCAUCUGGUGUAGAUGAACGUACACUUAAGCGGGAAGGGGUUUGUGCUGCGUCUCUACCUACCACCAUGGGAGUGGUUGCUGGUCUUCUUGUCCAAAACACACUCAAGUAUUUGCUGGAGUUUGGACAGGUUUCCCCAUACCUAGGAUAUAAUUCUCUUAAAGACUACUUCCCUACCAUGGAAAUGAAACCAAACCCUCAAUGUUCAAAUGCAGCUUGCCUGCAACGGCAGAAAGAAUACCUACUUGCGAAGCCGGCUAGGGAUGCUGCUGCCAAAGCAAAGAUGGAAGCUGAAGCAUCAUCUUCUGCAGAGGGUCCACUUCAUCUUGAUAAUGAAUGGGACAUAAGUGUUGUUGAUGAUGAUGAGCCGGAAGGGAUAGACAUCAAAAGUUCAGCUGCGCUUCCAGAAGGUCUUACUCGCGAGCUACCAAGUGCCGAUGAGUUCCAUACCACUCCUGAAGCUCCGGAUUCUGCCAUUGAUGACAUAGAAGACCUCCGAAGACAACUUGACGCCCUAAAUUCAAGUUAGAAAGCCAUCAAAGAUGUUCAUUGUAGUCUCCAUAACUUUACCCAAUCCAAGUUUACCUGUGGCUUACAUUGCUAGUAAUUGUGAUCGCACCCUUGGUGGGUUUAAAUCUGGCAGACUAAUACCAGUAGCGGGGCUUAAGGACAGCCCAUUAAGGCCUAUGACUAGGGUCCCACAAUUUGAGGGCCCAAAAUUUUUUUGUCCUUAUAUUUAUAUUUAUAAUUUUUUUUAAAAAAUUACAUUUGGUGAACUUUUUUUUUUCCUUUUUUUGGGGGGUGAAUUAUGAAGUUUCUAGAAAUAGAAGACUUUUCCUUAUA